CAGAAGGGUCUAUGUCAAAGACAAUAAACUGUGUUACGGCUGUAUAAAACCAGGACAUAGUGCAAAGGAGUGUCGUCGUCGUCACACAUGUGAUGUAUGUAAAUUGCGACAUCCCACAUGUCUUCAUGAUUACAAUUAUGUGACUAAUGCAAACAGAGAAAGAUCAUUGCCCAUGGUGAGAGAUGUGUAUGCACAGGAAAGAGAAACUACUAAUGCCAUGUCACUUAAUGUCACAAGUGAAGGUCAAUCAAUCACUACUUCAAUGAUUGUACCAGUAUGGGUGUCAUCUUGUAAAAAUCCAUCUAAAGAACAACUUGUAUAUGCUUUGUUAGACACUCAAAGUGACACCAGUUUUAUUGAUGAAGCAGUGAGUAAUGAGUUACAAGUAGAUACUCACCCAGUAAAACUCAAGCUUACCACUAUGCUGGGAGACAAUAUGGUCAUAAAGAGCAAGAGAGUAUCUGAUCUUCGAGUGAGAGGGUACAAUUCUUCAGUGCAUAUCGAUCUUCCUCCUGCAUACACGAAAGAGUGCAUUCCUAUAAAUCGUGACCACAUACCGACACAGGAAACGGCAAAGAACUGGAAUCAUUUCAAGCCAAUCACAAACGAACUACCACCUCUUCUUAGUUGUGAAGUGGGCUUGCUUAUUGGCUAUAACUGUCCUAGAGUACUAGCUCCUAGGAAAGUCAUACUGGGUAAAGAUGAUGAGCCUUACGCCAUUCUAACUGACCUAGGAUGGAGUAUUAUAGGUUGCUCCACACCAGGAUUUCGUGAAUCCACAAUCAGUCUUUGUCACAGAAUAACCACGAAGGAGAUGCCAACUUUGACGCCUUUAGAGGCAAUUCAUGUUCUUGAAUCAGAUUUUAAAGAUGUCACUACGGAUAAUGCAACAGUAUCACAAGAAGACAUUAUGUUUCUAAAUAAACUCAGGGAAGGCAUAAACAAAAACGCUCAAGGACAUUAUGAAAUGCCCCUUCCAUUUAAACAAAGACCAUUCUUACCUGACAACAGAGAGCUUGCCAUUGUCAGACUCAAUCAUUUGAGCAGAAAAUUCUCUAAGGAGGAGAAAUACAAGUCAGACUACAUUACUUACAUGAAUGACAUCAUUGAAAGAGGUGAUGUAGAAACCGUGAAUGAUGAUGGAACUAAUGGGGAAAAAUGGUAUAUACCCCAUCAUGGCAUUUACCACCCAAAAAAGCCAGACAAAUUACGUGUCGUGUUUGAUUGUUCAGCGAAAUAUAAAAACACCAGUCUCAAUGAACAUCUGCUUACUGGACCCGACAUGAUAAACAACCUCACAGGUGUCCUCCUAAGGUUUAGAAAGCAUCCUAUCGCUGUAACAUGCGAUAUUGAGAAAAUGUUCCAUCAAUUUCAUGUACCAGAACGUGACCGUGAUUAUCUGCGCUUCUUAUGGUGGACAAAUGGUGACACCCAUUCAAUACCUCAAGACUACAGAAUGAGAGUACACCUUUUUGGUGCAGUGUCUUCGCCUGGUUGCGCGAACUAUGGCCUAAGACAUAUAGCUAAUGAGUACAGUCUUUCACAUCCACUGGGUGCACAAUUCAUCACCAGAGAUUUUUAUGUUGAUGAUGGAGUGGCAAGUGUAGAGACUGUGGAAAAGGCCAUUCUGUUAACAAAAGAAGCACAGGAGUUGUGUGCUAAAGGUGGUCUUCGACUGCACAAGUUUAUAUCGAAUGACAGCACCGUUCUGCAAAGUAUACCAGCAUCAGAAUGUGCAGUAAGUUUUGGAACAAAGGAUCUUACUUUCAAUGACAUGCCACUGGAAAGAGCAUUAGGAAUUCACUGGAGCAUACAGAUGGAUAGUUUCAGAUUCCAUGUUCCACUAAAGGAUCAACCUACAACACGUCGUGGCAUUCUGUCAACCAUUGCCUCCAUAUACGAUCCUUUGGGUUUCGUAGCUCCAUAUGUUCUUAAUGGAAAGAAAAUCCUGCAAGAAAUGUGCCGCCUGGGUACAGGCUGGGAUGACUCGCUUUCUCUUGCACUGAGCCCUCGAUGGGAGAAAUGGCAAGAUGACUUCGUCAAUCUGGAAAGGGUAAACAUACCACGAUGUUAUAUACCUGCUGAAUUUGGUAAGGUUGUAAAAACAGAAAUACACCAUUUCUCAGAUGCAAGUAACUGUGGCUAUGGUCAGUGUUCUUACCUGAGAGUAAUGAAUGAAAAUGAAAACAUCCAUUGUGCUUUUCUCAUUGGCAAAGCUCGAGUUGCUCCCAUAAAAGUGGUCACAAUACCGAGAUUGGAAUUAACAGCAGCUGUUGUAUCGGUCAAAAUGAGUGACAUCCUCAGAGAAGAGCUUGACCUCUCCAAUGUGAACGAGUUCUUUUGGACGGACUCUAAAGUAGUUUUAAGCUACAUAAAUAAUGAAGCUCGACGUUUUCAUACGUUCGUAGCCAAUAGAGUUCAAAGGAUACGACAAAGCACGACUCCUAAACAAUGGCUGUAUGUUCCUUCGAAUGACAACCCGGCAGACAAUGCCUCUAGAGGAAGAACUAUAAGUGAGCUGCUCUCAUCUAACUGGCUCUCUGGUCCACCAUUCCUGUGGAAAAAGGAAAUCGUUGCUGCAGAUGUUGAGCUGGAACUUGCAGUAGGAGAUCCAGAAGUCAGGAAAGUGCAAUCAUUUCAGGUAAUAACCACAAAAGGCAGAGAUCUUAUUGACCAUCUUUCCAAGUUCUCAUCUUGGCCCAAAGCUGUCAAAGCCAUUGCACGCCUUUUGAGACUAAGUAGAAAGGAUAAAACAAAUUCACCUGUAACUGUGAGUGAACAAGAGGAUGCAAAACAUUUGAUCCUAAAGGGAGUGCAAAGGCAAGUCUAUCAGAAGGAGAUAGAUAUUUUGAAUCAAGGAAAACAACUCCCAGGCCAUAAUAAAUUACACCACCUUGAUGCUUUCAUUGACACAGACAAUAUGGUCAGGGUGGGAGGAAGAUUAAGUCAUUCAUCAUGCACUCACUCAUUCAAACAUCCUUUGAUUAUUCCCAGAGAACAUCAUAUAACCAAAUUGAUAAUUGCACACAGUCAUGAAAGAGUGAAGCACCAAGGCAAGGGAUUCACAAUCAAUGAUAUCAGGUCUUGUGGUUAUUGGAUACCUGGAAUAAACAAAGCUGUCACUUCAUAUAUCCACAACUGUGUAAAGUGUAGAAGGCUGAGAAAAUCUGCUGAAGGUCAAAGGAUGAGUGAUCUCCCUACAGAACGUGUGGAACCUUCCUCACCUUUUACGUACUGCGGCAUGGAUUGUUUUGGUCCUUUUAUGACAAAAGAGGGCAGAAAGCAACACAAAAGGUAUGGUCUGCUUUUGACUUGUUUUUGUUCAAGAGCUAUUCACAUUGAGAUGUUAGAGGACAUGUCUACAGAUGCAUUCAUCAACGCCCUACGAUGCUUUAUUGCUAUUCGAGGCACAGUGAGACAAAUCCGAUGUGACCAAGGUACCAAUUUCAUAGGUGCUAAAAACGAACUGAAUUGUGCAUUACAGGAACUUGACCCUGAAAGACUUAGUGUUUUUCUUUCUGACAAGCAAUGUGACUUUAUUUUGAAUGCUCCCCACUCCAGUCAUGCUGGUGGCGUAUGGGAGCGCCAAAUCAAAACUGUACGCAGUGUUCUAAGUUCAACUGUAUCACUUUCAUCAGGCAGACUCAGUGAUGCUUCAUUGCGCACCUUGUUUUAUGAGGCUAUGGCAGUAGUCAACAGUCGGCCCCUAACUGUGGACAACCUGAAUGACCCUAAAAGUCUAGAACCGCUCACGCCUAACCAUUUAAUCACCAUGAAAUCCACAAUAGCUUUACCACCACCAGGAAAAUUCACAAAAGAGGAUGUAUAUGGAAGAAAAAGGUGGAGACGGGUACAGUACCUUACGGAGCAAUUUUGGAGUAGAUGGAAAAAGGAGUAUCUACACACUAUUGCUACACGACAGUGCUGGCAUGCUCCUAAAAGGAAUUUUCAAGUUGGUGAUGUAGUUAUGGACAUGGAUGAAUCUUUGCCAAGAAAUCAGUGGAGAAUUGGAAGGAUCGUGGAGACUGUUUCAAGCCCAGAUGGAUUGGUUAGGAAAGCCAAAUUAAUACUUGGUGACAGGAAAUUGUCCAAGAAAGGAGAACGGAUAAAUAAGAUAUCUAUGGUAGAAAGGCCAGCUCAAAAGUUGGUUUUGCUAUUGGAAGCCGAGUGAACUGAUUUACAUAUGGACUUCAUAUUACUUUAAACACACACAAAGGUUAAAGAAACAAAUGGAAAUUAUUUAUGUUUAAAGGACAUUUAUAAUUUGGUGGGAGUGUAGCAGACACAUUUAAAUGUUUUCCUUGUUUUGUAUUUAAUGUAAUUUGUUUGAAUGAUAAUUUGACAUUUUUUGAGUUUUUAGAGCUAUAUUAUAAUGUUCCGGUUUGGUGGGACUUUUAUUUUGAAAAGCGGCAGCAUUCAUGGCAGUCACGGUUGUGAAAGUCAUAUCGGCAUUACGGUUCAUCAGCUCCUUAAGUUUAUAUUUUGUUAGCACCCCCCUAAAGGGCAUAAGCUCUUACGGUGGAUCUGUUGGAGUUAUCAAGGCAUAAUAAAAACUACAUAAAGACCAUCAGUAAAGUUUGGCCAUUAUUAGGAUGGGGUCCGCUACAGAGCAUAUUUGAAAACCCCGGCCAGGGUGAGCUUUUUAAGAAACCCUGGUUACAGUGGUGUUGUGUAGAGAGUAAAACCGGGGGUUUUGCCUUGCGACGUCAGAGUGUGCGCCGUUAUCCACUGUGUUUGACGUCAAGAUUGUGCGCCGCUGACUGCUUUGUUGAUGAUUCUGUGCAAUGGUGGAUGUAUCUUGCUAAUAAUAACUGUGCUAACAGGGCUUCUAACAUGUAUACAGAUAGAUGCUCAGUUAUCUCACUAUAUUGCGGAACACGAUUUGGGUUAUAUCCCCGCCUGCUGGUGUGGCAUGCUCUUGACAGCGCUUGAUAGCGUGCUUUUGCUUUAUCGUGUGGAUGGAUAUUUAAUUUAAACCGAGCAUGUGUGGACGGGAUUUUUUUUAGGGAAA